CGCGGCUUGUGCAUGUGUGCGGUAUUCCCUCCCCAAGCAGCUGAUUACAUUAUUGUAUGCGCUGAUGAUGUUAGAUGAUGUGCUGAAAGUGAGAGUAAUAAAAACAACAGAGAAAAAAUUUAGAAAAUAUAGUUGUUGAAACUAAUUAAAAGUUUAAAAUCUAAAUAAACACUUAGUUAAAUAUGCCGAAAGUAGUAUCAAGGAGCAUUAUAUGUUCCGACACAAAAGAUCAAGAAGAAUACAGUGAGGAGAAACCAUUGCACAUUUAUUAUUGUUUAUGUGGCCAGAUGACACUAAUUUUAGACUGUGCAAUUGAAAAGCUACCAUUGAGAAAAAAGGAUGGAGCAAGAGUAAUCGAUGGCAGCAAACAUGCUCAUAAAAUGACUUCAGAGCGAGAUGAAGUUAUAUUUCUAAAACGUCCAGAGGGAAUCGAAAGACAACAUAGACAAAAGUGCAAAAAAUGUGGCUUAUUGCUGUAUUAUAAGCAUGAUCCAGGAGCAAAUAUAGUAUUUGUAGUAAAAGGAUCAGUAAUAAAAAGUUCUGGAGAGGGUCCUAUGACGGAUAUUUAUAAUCAAGUAGCUAUUGAGAAACCUAAAAAAAUAAUGGUUACAAAACAUACCAAGAAUAUGGGAAAGUUUAGUUCGGUUACUGUAUCUACAAUUGAUGAAGAAGAGGAUGAAAUUGAAGCAAGGGAAGUUGCUGACUCAUAUGCAAACAAUGCACGCAUUAUAGAGAAACAAUUGGAGAGAAAGGGUAUGAAUAAACGAAAAACGUUACCAUCCAAUGAAACAGAUUCAAAACGAGCAAGACCCAGAGGGACGUUAUUGGAUAUUUGAUUUUCUAUCGAGAAUUAAUUGUAAUUACAUACAUAUAUAUACUUGACAUGAAUAAAUAAAUUUAUUUGUACAUUA